UCUAACGUCACAGGCGGGGUGUUUCCACGAUUUCACUGUACACAUCGGCAUGGAUCCGCAAUAACUCGUCUGGCGCUGCAUGUCCACGGCGUCGAGCCCACGCCAUUAACCUUUCGCUUGCUUUCGCCAUUAGCUUUCAGCACACUAUCGAGCCUCUCGCGACGUGCUUCUCGUUAUCCCCGACAACCUUCGACCCAUUUCAUGACUUCAGGUGUGGCACACUACAUGCCUUAUCUGUCUUCGACGAGGCCAUGUCGUCGGCUCAGGCCUUCAGGCAGCGCAGGACUAGCGGCUCGACGCUGUAUCAAGAGUUAACCAGCCGAAAAUGGCACGUCGCGACAUUUUCAGCAGUGCAGCCGUCUCUCUAUAGGGGAAGACCAGCUGUGGCUUGUCGUGUUCCACGAUGUCUACAGUGACGGCUGCCGCUGUCCAUGCUUCCAUAACAUCGCGCGAAACAACGUUCACAUCCACCCCGUGGUGAGCCUGAUAUUCUCGACUCGGACAGAGCCUUCCCCCAAGGCUAAAACGGAUCGUUGCUCGUCGAUUAGACUUGGCGGCCAACACGUUGAUCUGGCCUUGGCGCUUCUUCACGGUCUCGUCAACUAAAUUCUGCCCCUCGUCAGGUGCAGCCUUUGGGCAAUCUACAACACGGUGACUCUUGGCACCGCACUUCAAGCAUCCGCCGCGUCGCUUCUUCUGCGCCGUUCGCCCUUGUCACCCUAGGCAUCAGGUUUCUCUACUGCCUGUGCCUUCGGCGCGUUCCUCGCGCCGCCAUAAUGGCGGCUGCCUCCAUCACAUCUUCUACCACGGAUGCCUCUAUCACCAUCCGUUUUCGAAGGCUGCGAAGCAGCUCGAUCUACUUCUGGACCGUCGUGCAGCUGGAAACCAGCGAAAAAUUGCCACAGCCAGUUGACAAAUCAAAGUACAUCUCUCUUUCAAGCCCUCGUUUUGUUGGGCAUGCAACUGCUUGUUCU